AUGAUCUGCUACUUGGUCCACAUCCUGGGCAUCCUCUCCGGCGCCAUCGGGAUGAUCCUCACCUGGGUCGUCUGCUUCCUGCCGCAAUGGCGGCUGGCGGUCUUGGCGGAGAACAACAGCUUCGUGGUGGAAGGCGGGAGGAUCGACGGCGAGUGGCUGAGCCGGUGGGACGGCCUGUGGGUCACCUGCCUGAGCCAGCGCCGCUUCACCCUGGAGUGCAACGACUACGGCUCCCGGGUGUCCCUCACCUCCGACCUCAAGGCCGGCCGCGUCUUCCUGGGCUUCAGCAUCGCCAUGACGGUCCUGGCCUUCAUCCUCUCCCUGAUCGGGAUCAUCAUGUCCAGCUGCUGCUCCCGCUGCGGCGAGAGCCGCGAGGAUAGGCGCUGCCUGACCCUGACCGCGGGAGUCCUCUACCUCCUCAGCGUGGUCCUCAUCCUCAUCCCCGUCAUCUGGGUCAUCAUCAACGUGGUCCGAGGGUCCUACGACGCUUCCCUGACCAGGGGGGCCGUCAGGCUGGAGAUCGGGGAGGCCAUGAUGCUGGCCUGGCCCACCAUCAUCUUCCUCCUCAUCGGGGGGAUCAUCCUGUGCUCCAGCUGCUGCUGCUCCAGGGAACUGGUCAACCAAGGGCAAUACAGGCCGGCCUGCGACCAGGGGCUGGUGCAACGCAAGCGCGGCGGCGACGAGCGCUCCUGCAGCACCCCCAGAAUGCAGUACAUAUAA